GAGAAAGCCUCAGUGCCUCAUCUCACUUCUCAAAGUACUUGAGAUCAUCCGGCAACGAUGGAGGAACAAUGCUUUUGAACGGAUGUGACGGUUGCCGAUGAUAAUCAGGGCCUUAGAGUAAUGAAAAAAAUCUCCCGCCUUCCAGACGAGACAUGACUAUAUCCGUAGUUCCUGUGAUUCGUGACCGUUUUUCAGUCCUUUCGACGGUCCACCAAUACAAUGGUUUCAUUCGAGAAGCCGUAAAGCAAGCUUUCCCCUUCAAAGCCCUUACUCUUUUCCGCCAAAUGUUGCAAACCGGCUUGGAACCCAACAACCUGACCUUCCCCUUUGUAGCUAAGGCAUGCGGGAAGCUCAUGAAUUGCAAUUACUCUCGCAUUAUUCAUACCCAUGUCGUCAAAUCGCCUUUUAACUGUGAUAAGUAUGUGCAGACCGCAUUGCUUGAUAUGUAUGCCAAAUGCGAUCGCCUGGAUGAUGCUCAUAACGUGUUUGAGAAAAUGCCAGAGACUGAUUUGGCAUCUUGGAAUGCCAUGCUUAUCAGCUUUUCCCAUGCAGGUCUUAUUGAUAGAGUAGCCAAUCUCUUUGAUGAGAUGAGGUUUAGUGGGGUUCGACCUGAUGCUGUCACUGUUAUGGGUCUUACGCAAUCAAUUUCACUUGUAAGGGAUUUGAGAUUAUUAAAUGUUGUUCAUGGUUUUGGAAUUCAAAUUGGUGUGGACAGGGAUGUUUCUGUUUCAAACACUUGGAUUUCUGCCUAUUUCAAAUGCGGUGAUUUUACUAAUGCUCUUAUGGUGUUUAAUGAGAUAGGUGCCAGUUUGAGGACAAUAGUUUCUUGUAAUUUAGUAUUGUCAGGAUAUGCCUGUUCUAAAGAGCCAUUCAAGGCAAUUAGCUUUUAUAAAUGGAUGCUUCUCAAUGACUAUAGACCUGAUGUGGUCACUAUUGUUGGUUUGCUUUCUUCUUGUAUGGGAGAUCAAACAUUGUUUUUGGGUAGGUCAGUUCAUUCUCAUGGCGUACAUGUGGGAUGCGAUUCAAAUAUAUAUUGGCUCAAUACCCUAAUUUCUAUGUAUUCCAAAUGCAGAGAUAUUGAUUCUGCUAGACUUGUAUUUGAUACCUUGCUGGAUAAAUCAUGUGUUUCAUGGACUUGUAUUAUAGGAGCAUAUGUUGAGGUUGAUGAUUUAGAUGAGGCCUUAACCUUGUUUCACUCCAUGGAAGUAGCCGGUCAGAAACCAGAUGCAGUCACCAUGCUUCAUCUGAUUUCGGGCUGCUCACGGACUGGUGCACUUGAGACAGGCAGGUGGCUUGAUCGAUAUAUGGCUUCAAAUGGCUUAAAAACUAACGUGAUGGUUUGCAAUCAACUUUUAGACAUGUAUGCAAAAUGCGGAAGUAUAGAUGAGGCUCACCACCUUUUCGAUGAAAUGCCCGAGCAGACAAUCGUCUCAUGGACAACCAUGAUUGCGGGUUUUGCAUUGAAUGGACGAUUCAAGGAAGCGUUGGAGUUUUUCUUCCGGAUGUUUAAAUUCGGAAUUAAGCCUAACCAUAUAACUUUCUUAGCCGUUCUUCAAGCUUGCUCUCAUGGGGGGUUUCUCGAUGAGGGAUGGGAGUGUUAUCGUUUGAUGACUGAAGUACAUCGUUUAUCGCCAGAGUUGGACCAUUAUUCAUGCAUGGUGGAUCUUCUCGGGCGUAAGGGAAAGAUAGAAGAAGCUUUUUUGUUCAUCCAAAACAUGUCUGUUGAGCCGGAUGCUGGUAUAUGGGGUGCACUGCUAGGUGCUUGUAAGAAUUAUGGGAAUUUAGAGAUUGGAGAAUAUGCGGCUUAUCGCUUGUUUGAACUAGACCCAUGUGUUGCUGCUCCUUAUGUGGAACUGGCUAACAUGUAUGCAUCUGUUGGAAGAUGGGACGGAGUUUCUGUUAUCAGAAAACUGAUGAAAGAAAAUGAAGUGACAAAAGUUCCUGGGCAGAGUAUUGUUCAAGUGAAUGGGAGAAGUCAUGUAUUUACUGUCGACGAUCGUAGUCAUCCACAUGGAAUUAUUGUUUAUGAGUUAUUGGGUGGCUUAGCUUUGCAACUCAAAGCAGAAAAAGACUCGUCGUUGCACUUGGAGGAGUUGGAUGAAUCGAUCGAUAUCACAUAAUUCAUUUUUCGUGAAACCAAGGUAUCUGGCCCAGCUUUGGCACAGCUUGACUAAUCCUGAAGGAGAAUCCAUAUGCUUAGGUAUUUAUUCAAAUACCUAAGAGGGAGUUACAACUACAAACACAGUCCUGCUGGAUAUUAGCAGUGGCGAAAUCACCAAAGAUCAUGGUAUGAGAAGAUGUUACAAUGGCUAGGUGCUCGAGGUUUACUGGGUUAUAUCAAGUUCACUUAUAAGUUUGGGAACAAUGGAUUGGUUGGACGAAGACAGUCAAACUCAAGAAGGAUAAAAAUGUGAGAAGAUAUCUGUCGAUAAAUAUCUCAAUUAGGAUAGAAUCAAUGGACUGUGUUUCACUUCCUUUUCACCAUUCAUCAAGGGUGAGAAGUUUUUGACAUUGUGCAAAAUGAAUUGUAAUUAGAGCAUCAUACUUGUUAAUGAUCAGGGUAAUAGUGUUUUGGUUAUGAGUAAUCUUUCGAGGAAAGAUUAAACCUGCAA